ACAUGACAUCCGUUUCCCUGUGUAAUCGACAGACUCAGCUAAAAGGGUUCAGGAGCAGGUACCAACAAGAGACAAGUACUUUUAAAACAUAAAACAUUUGUAUAGUUAUUUCUUUUGCCUGUUAAUGUCAAAAUAGAUGAAGGGAAACACGGAAUGUACGGUCGCCAAACUCGGUUAAAAAAUACGCUAAUUUACUGCAGCUUGCUACUGUAUAUUUGUGGAAGAAGAGCGACGGAGUGACGGUUUACCAAGUUUAAUUUGUACAGGAAAACGUGUUGUAUUGCGCAUUUAAUGUACGCCGUAUUGACAACUGGAUGUUGUAAAUUUUCAGACUUUUGACUUCUUUCUCUCUCAAGUCUUCUGAAGCAGAGAGGACGGCGUUUGUCUCCACUCGUCUGCUGAGAGAAAAACAUGCCGUCCAACAAGUCAGUGUCUGAAGCUGCCAUCACUCAGUUCAUCAACUGCAGAAUACUGAGAGACCACCGGUUGCAGAGAGAUGACUUGUGGGUGCGUGAAGGAAAGAUUUUAGAUCCCGAGAAGCUGUUUUUCGAUGAGAAGGGUUAUGCCGAUAAGCGUGUGGACUGUGAAGGCAGCAUCAUUGCCCCGGGCUUUAUAGACGUUCAGAUCAAUGGAGGAUACGGCAUCGACUUCUCUCAGGCCUCCGACAACGUCAGCAGUGGAGUUUCUUUUGUGGCCAAAAAGAUCCUGCAGCACGGCGUGACGUCUUUCUGUCCCACUCUGGUCACCUCGCCUCCUGCUGUCUACCACAAGGUUCUUCCUCAGAUCAAAGUUAGCGAUGGAGGACAGCAUGGAGCUGGAGUUCUUGGUUUUCAUCUGGAGGGCCCGUUCAUCAGCGUGGAGAAGAAAGGAGCUCACCCGGAGCAGUUUCUCCGGACCUUUCAGUCUGGAGGGAUCGAGGACCUGAUGGAGGCCUAUGGUGGCCUGGACAACAUCGCCAUGGUGACACUGGCUCCCGAGCUGGGCGGCAGCCAAUCGGUGGUGAAGGAGCUCUGCCAGAGGGGCAUCACUGUGUCGUUAGGUCACUCUGUGGCCAACCUGUCCCAGGCUGAGGAGGCCGUUCAUCACGGAGCCUCCUUCAUCACUCACCUCUUUAACGCCAUGCUGCCUUUCCACCAUCGGGACCCUGGUAUAGUGGGUCUCCUGACCAGUGACCAGGUUCCUGCAGGCAGGACAGUCUACUACGGCAUGAUAGCUGACGGGAUCCACACUAAUCCUGCGGCCCUACGCAUCGCCCACAGAGCUCACCCUUCAGGUUUGGUGUUGGUGACGGAUGCGAUCACAGCGAUGGGUCUCCCUCCUGGGCGUCACACUCUGGGCCAGCAGGUCAUUGAGAUCCAGGGUCUCCACGCUUACGUUGCAGGCACCAAGACGCUCUGCGGCAGCAUUGCCACGAUGGACAUGUGUGUACGCCACUUUAAACAUGCUUCAGACUGCAGUGUAGAGGAAGCUCUGGAAGCUGCCUCGCUCCAUCCUGCCAAACUCCUGGGUGUCAGCCACAAGAAGGGAACCCUGGACUACGGAUCAGACGCAGACCUUGUUUUGCUCGAUGACGCCCUAAACGUCAAAGCCACCUUUAUUUCUGGAGAGGAAGUGUGGAGAAAAGAACCAUAGAA